AUGGAGAGAUUCAAGGGGUUUUUUAGCAGCAAGAAGAAGAAAUGGCUAAAAUCAGCGUCCAGCAGCGACUCUACUCUCCCUGCUCAACCUGGCAGCAGUCGUCGAUCCCAGACACCUCCGUCCGUUAAUUUCCCUGAUGGGGUUGAAGUGCUGCAUAACUGCCCUGACGCCAGCGUUGACAUCUGCUUUAUCCACGGCUUGACUGGCGACCGAGACAAGACCUGGACAGGCGAUGGGCAAAGCAGGCCCUGGCCAGAGACACUACUUCCAUCCCAGCUACCUAGAGCUCGCAUCCUUACUUACGGCUACGAUGCAUACGUAGUCAGAGCAUCGGUUGCAUCGUCGAACCGGCUGAUCGACCAUGCCACGAAUCUUCUGAACGAUCUGACGACGGAUAGAGCUCGCAACGGCGUCGUAUCCCGCCCUCUGAUAUUCGUCGCUCACAGCCUUGGAGGGCUCGUCUGUAAGGAGGCCAUCCUCCUCUCACGAAACAACCCUGAGCCUCACCUCCGAGGCCUGUUUGAAUACACCAAGGCCAUCGCAUUCAUGGGCACUCCGCACGGGGGUUCCUCGCUGGCCGGGUGGGUAAAGAUGCCUGUCUCGGCUUUUGGGCUUAUACAGACCGGGAACAAAGCGCUGCUACAACUCCUGCAGACGAAAGACCAGUUUCUAGAAUCCGUUGACGUCAGCUUUUCGUCGAUGAUACGGGAAGUGCGAGAAGCCGGCAGACGUUUCGAGGUGACUUGCUUCUUUGAAGAACUUGGCAAGGCGGGUGUGGGCACGAUCGUGUCCAAGGAGUCCGCGACGCUUGAAAGUUACAACUCCUUCAGCAUCCACGCCAACCAUAGCGACAUGGUCAAGUUCAGCUCUGCGGAAGACACUGGGUUCCAAAGGCUGCUCGGCGAGCUGGUCAGGUGGGAAUCGCAGAUCGGCGGCGACUCAGCAGCUCGACCACCAGGAGAAGAAGAAGCAGCAAAAGCCGACAGGCCGGUCAGUACCAGGGCCGCCGUCCCUGUUGCUAUCUCCCAUUACGGCUCUGGCAACCAGUUCAACGCGCUCGGGGGCAGCCAGAACAACAACACGGGCAGCGGCAACCAGUUCCUGGGUAACAUCAGUGGGCCGGUGACCUUCGCCUACAAAUAG